GUAACCAUGGCCUGUUGUUAUACCUAGUUGCAUACAUACCGAUUAGUGCUUGUGGUGGUUGUCAUCUGGAGUCGGAAAUUAGAUUAAGUGUGUGGUCUGCGUGGUAGGGCGCUUAGUGAAGUUGUGGAGCUUGUCAAAUCUCAAGGAAAGUGUUAUUAACAUCGUGUGUAGUUAGAUUUCACACCAUUUCAGAAUGGACAGUAAGACGGAAUCGAGACAGGAAAUUAAUUUAGAAUCUCCAGAGUCCGAUACGCGGUCCAGAGACAGAAAGAGACCACAUUUCUCUUCAUCCGAUACUGGAAUUAACAGAUAUGUAGCAGGGAAGAAAAAAGAAGAAUAUAAUGAUAGGAAGAAGCACGAUGAUAGAGAAGACCAUCACGGGAUCAGGAAGCGAAGGCCCAGAAGGGAUUCGAUAUUAGACGAAGACAGAAGUGGAAAGGAAAAGAAGCGAAAGAAAAGUGAAGAGGGUGAGGAAAUAGGCUUAAGAAUGUCAUAUCAUAAACAUGAAAAUGACCCUACUUAUUCCAAGAGAAGGGGAAAUAGAAUUAAUCGUGAAAGGGAUUCAAGGUAUCAGAAUGAGAGGUGUGAUAAAUAUUAUAGGUAUUGUGAUAAGAAUGACACAGGAUAUUACCGUGAAAAGGAAAGUAAUAAUCACAACCGGAGGAAAUAUCCAGCAACAGAGGGGACAACCUCAAGAACUGGUGACAAUGAAAACACUUCCAGAGGUAGGGAUAAGAAGGUGGAAAAGAAUGAUUCUACACAAAAUGGUAACAUAAAUACUAAACAUGACUUGCAGGAAGACACAGUUACAAAUAAUUCUUCCACUCAGCAAAAUAGAACUGUCGAUUUAUUGACAUCUAGGACAGGAGGCGCAUAUAUACCUCCUGCCAAGUUAAGAAUGAUGCAAGCCCAAAUUAUGGACAAAUCUGGUGCCUCAUAUCAGAGGAUAGAAUGGGAAGCACUGAAAAAAUCUAUACAUGGGCACAUCAAUAAGGUGAACACUGGAAAUAUUGCUAUUAUCGUGCGAGAGUUGCUGAAAGAAAAUAUUGUCAGGGGGCGAGGGCUACUUUGUCGUUCAAUAAUCCAGGCGCAAGCAGCAUCAAUGACGUUCACCCAUGUUUAUGCAGCGUUGGUAGCAGUCAUCAACUCCAAGUUCCCAAAUAUUGGAGAAUUGCUGCUGAGACGGCUUGUCAUCCAGUUCAGACGUGGUUUCAAGCACAAUGAUAAGACGAUUUGCAUUUCUGCUGCAACAUUUAUUGCUCACCUUGUAAACCAGCAAGUGGCUCAUGAAAUUUUGGCUCUGGAGAUCCUAACUCUUCUUGUGGAAAAUCCAACAGAUGACUCUGUGGAAGUAGCAAUAGCAUUUCUGAAAGAAUGUGGCAUGAAAUUAAUGGAAGUGUCAAAUAAAGGAAUUCUCGCCAUCUUCGAGAUGCUACGUAACAUUUUACANUCAUCCACAUUUUAUGUACAAUACAUGAUUGAAGUGAUAUUCCAAGUGCGAAAGGAUGAAUUUCGUGACCAUGAAGCUGUUCUAAAGGAAUUAGACCUUGUUGAAGAAGAGGAUCAGUUUACACAUCUUGUCACAUUAGAUGAUGCCAAGGAUUCAGAAGACAUUCUCAAUGUAUUCAAGUUUGACCCAGAAUAUGAAGCCAAUGAGGAGAAGUAUAGUGCUCUCAGAAAAGAGAUUCUAGAUGAAGGCGAUAGUAGUUCAGAAAGUGGCUCGGGUUUAGAAGAAGAAAAUGACUCAGAAGAAGGAAGUGAAAAUGAAGAGAACAAGAACGAUGCCAUUAUUGACAAUACCGAAACCAACCUUGUGGCUCUGCGAAGAACAAUUUACCUGACAAUUCAUUCCAGUUUGGAUUUUGAAGAAUGUGCCCAUAAGUUAAUGAGGAUGGACUUAAAGCCUGGACAAGAGAUAGAACUAUGUCACAUGUUUCUGGACUGCUGUGCAGAACAAAGGACGUAUGAAAAGUUUUUUGGGCUCCUGGCUCAGAGGUUCUGCCAGAUCAACAAAAUAUUCAUCCCUCCCUUUCAACAAAUAUUCAAAGAUACAUAUGACACAAUCCAUCGCUUGGACACAAACAAGCUACGAAAUGUAGCUAAAUUCUUUGCACACCUCCUGUUCACGGAUGCUAUCUCUUGGGAAGUGUUGUCCUUCAUUCAUCUGAAUGAGGAAGAAAUGACCAGUUCCAGUCGAAUCUUCAUUAAAAUUCUAUUCCAGGAAUUGUCAGAGUACAUGGGACUGACAAAACUGAAUGAGAGAGUGAAGGACUCGACUAUGCAAGUUGCAUUUGAUGGUCUGUUUCCACGAGAUGAUCCCAAGAAUACAAGAUUUGCCAUCAAUUUCUUUACGUCCAUAGGCUUGGGAGGACUAACUGAUGAAUUAAGAGAACAUCUGAAGUCACAGCCAAAAGUACCAGUUGUACCAAAGCUGCUUGUGGAUCUUGGUGGUGAUUCCAGUGAUUCAGACUCUGAUUCUGAUGAUUCUUCUGACACUUCGUCCAAUAGCAGCUCAGAGUCCAGCUCAGAUUCUGAUGACAGUGAAGAAGUUAAUCGAAAAUCAAGAAGUUCGAAAAAUUCGAAGAAACAGAAAACAAAACAUAAGAAGAAAGAUAGUAGAAAGAAGAAUCGUAGAUGAUGUGAUUGACAGAAGAUCUGAAGCAUUCUUAGAAGAUGUGUACAUUGCUAUGAUCAUUCAACAUUUGGUUGAAUGAUGGAAACAUUUUAUAAUU